AUGGCGGGCGUCGCUCGCGACGCAGGUGAGGAGACGGUGUUCCUAUGUUUGGAGGCAAGCGACUUGUUGCUGGAGCCGAUGUGCAGCACCUGGGAGCUCCAACAGGAGUUGGUUCCCUAUGUGCUCUCGCACUCCCUACAGCACGAAGAUUUCCUCAAACUCCCCAAGGCAGAACGCCAGGCGAAGGUGAAGAUCCUGACGCAGCGGAUCUUAAGCGGCGGCGAGACGGGAGCUCCCUCAGGCGAUGAGGAGGAGUCGCCGGGACAGCUCAGGCGCUUCGGGUUUGAGCUGUCCGUCGCAUACUUAAGACCACUUCAAAGGACGAGCUGUUCCAGCACUGCCUUGGUGCUCAUCAGUGUUCCAAGUCCCCUCUUGCGCGGUUGA